AUGCCGGUCACUCGAGCAUAUUUGAGACUCAAGCACAAGGCCGACGGAGCACUGCCCACACCUCCUCCGUCACCUCUACCAGCCAGGCAAGUGAAGAAAAGCAAUCCACAGACAUUGAGGCACAUUGCCAUUGUAGAACAACUUAAGAGUCCGCUGCUACAACUGCUCGGAGAAUUGCGGAACCGCAUCUACGAGCUCGCUCUUUCAUCAGAGACGCCUCUGGUCUUUCAACCUGGCGGCUAUCGCAAGCGGUCGAUCUUCAGCGUUGAUGCGACUAAAUCGCCCAAGGAACCUGUCGAUUGA